CCUACUUCCUUUCACUUUGAAGACUCGACGCGGCGCUGAUGGCCAUCUUCGCGCGACUGGUUGGCGCCCUGGCCGUUACAGCUUCCGCCGUUACAGCAAGUCCACUGCUUCUUGCACGACAAAACAGCUCAGCGCCGUCUUCUUGUCCAGGCUAUCGCGCCAGUGACGUACAACAGAACGCCAAUGGCUUGACAGCCAAGCUUGCCCUCAAUGGUCCUGCCUGCAACGUCUACGGCACUGAUGUCGAGAACCUCGCUCUGACUGUGGAAUACCAAACUGACAAGCGACUGCACGUUCUGAUUGAAGACGCAGCACAACAGGCCUACCAAGUGCCCGACUUCGUGUUUCCGCGCCCAACAUCGUCUGGUGUACAGAGCAGCUCAAGUGAGCUUAUUUUCGAUUAUGUCGAGGACCCAUUCUCUUUCUCAGUAAAGCGUCGCAGCAAUGGCGACGUUAUAUUCGACUCCGCUGCAGCAAGUCUCAUCUUUGAAGACCAGUACAUACGCUUGAGAACUUCGCUACCGGACAACCCAAACUUGUAUGGAACGGGUGAACAUACUGAUCCAUUUCGCCUCAACACCACCGACUAUGUACGUACAGUUUGGAACCGCGACGCGUACGGAACACCUUCAGGAUCGAAUCUCUAUGGUACUCACAACAUUCACUACGACCAUCGCGGUCCGAAUGGUACUCACGCGAUCUUCCUCCUCAACUCAAAUGGAUUGAACUAUAAGAUUGACAACACCGACGGCCAGCAUCUUGAGUAUGAUUUGCUUGGAGGUGUAGUUGACCUCUACUUCAUGGCUGGGCCAACGCCAGUCGAGGUUGCGCAGCAGUAUUCUGAAGUAUCAGGCAAAUCAGCGAUGAUGCCAUACUGGGGUCUAGGUUUCCAUCAGUGUCGUUAUGGCUACCAGGAUGUAUAUAAUGUCGCCGAGGUUGUGGCAAACUACUCUGCUGCUAACAUUCCUCUUGAGACGAUGUGGACAGAUAUCGACUACAUGCACCUUCGCUGGGUCUUCACACUCGAUGAGGACCGCUUCCCGCUGGAUCUCAUGCAGCAGCUUGUGUCGACCUUGCACGAUCGACAACAGCACUAUGUCGUCAUGGUCGACCCAGCAGUCGCUUACGAAGACUACGAUGCCUUCAACAACGGAGUGGAGCAGGAUAUUUUCAUGAAGACCUCAAAUGGAUCGGUCUACAAGGGCGUGGUCUGGCCCGGUGUCACGGCUUUUCCGGACUGGUUCCACCCCAACACGCAGACGUACUGGAAUGACGAGUUUCUAAGUUUUUUCAGCGCAGAGAAUGGCGUGGAUAUCGAUGCUCUCUGGAUUGACAUGAACGACCCGAGCAACUUCUGUCCAUAUCCCUGCAGCAAUCCUGAAGCCUAUACCGAGGCGAAUGGAUAUCCACCAGUGCCGCCUGCCAUACGCUUAGGCUCACCAAGGAACAUCUCUGGCUUUCCUGCUGAUUUCCAGCCAAUUUGCAAAGCGCAAGUCACAUUCAACGUCGACGCAUCUACGUUCUUCGGAGAGAAUAUCCUUGUCUACGGUAGCGCUGUCACCAUUGGAAACAAUGGUGGAGCUAGCGGAGCUGCGCCACUUAAUGCGAACAACUACCCAAUUUGGAGUGCUACUGUAGACAUGCCGGCCAACACUGAGGUCACCUACCAAUACGUUCGUUCUGAGCCAGACGGAACAUUCAUAUAUGAGGAUCAGAAUCGCACUCUCACCACCGGCGACUGCGGCAGCAUUUUCUCGACAUCAGAUGAGUCGAUCACAUCUUCCUCGCCUCCACAGGCCAAGAAGAAGCGCUUCGCGAACUUCGCGUACCUCGACCACAACUCUGGUCAUCUUUUCAGACGACAGUCAAACUUGGCUGGAAGCGGCGACCAGCUUGGCAUACCCGGCCGAGACCUGAUCAACCCUGGGUACGACAUCGGCAACACAGCGGGCAGCUUGAGCAACUUCACAGCAAAUACGGAUAUCGUGCAGUAUGGAGGGUACGUGCAGUAUGAUACUCACAACAUUUACGGCGCCAUGAUGUCCUCUGCCUCUCGCAUUGCAAUGCUUGCGCGACGACCCACCAGGCGCCCUCUGAUCAUCACUCGGUCCACCUUCGCUGGCGCCGGCUCCCAACUCGGAAAGUGGCUCGGUGACAACUUGAGUAUCUGGGAGCACUACCUGAUCUCCAUCUCCGAAAACCUCGAAUUCGCAGCCCUAUACAACGUCCCCAUGGUCGGCGCCGACGUUUGUGGUUUCGGCUCAGACACGACGGAGAAUCUCUGCGCUCGCUGGGCAUCUCUCGGAGCCUUCGCACCUUUCUACCGUAACCACAACCAGAACGACGCCAUAUCCCAAGAAUUCUACCUCUGGGAUUCAGUCACCAAAGCUGCUCAGAACGCCAUGGCAAUCCGAUACAAACUCCUCGAUUACAUCUACACCGCCUUCUACGCACAGAACCAGACCGGAACUCCCAUCAUCCAACCCAUGUUCUUCCAUUAUCCAGAAGACCCCAACACCUUCUCCCUCGGCUAUCAGUUCUUCUGGGGACCAGGUGUCCUCGUAGCGCCCGUCACGGUGGAAAACAGCACUUCGGCCACCUUCUACCUCCCCGACGAUAUUUUCUACGACUACUACACGCACGAGAAAAUCACAGGCACAGGAUCCGAGUACACCGUCGACGACGUGCCCUUCACAUCAAUCCCCGUCUACUACGUCGGCGGCAAUAUCUUAGCCGAACGCAUCGAGAGCGCAAACACCACGACGGAGCUCCGAAAACUCGACUUCCAAAUCGUGAUCGCUCCCGGAAAGAACGGAAGUGCGAGCGGAGACUUGUAUCUCGAUGAUGGCGACAGUCUGGUUCAGGAGAGUUACAGUUAUAUUCAUUUCGAGUACUCGGCGACUGGAACGUUUAGUAUGACGGGACAGUUUGGGUAUGAGACGGAUGUGGCGAUUCGGAGUAUUGUUGUGCUUGGGGAGGAUGGUGGAAGUUGUGUGAAUGGGACUGGCACGGUUUUGAGGUUGAUGAGCAGCAGGAUUCCACUGACGGAGCCGUAUGAGGCGAAGAUAUUGUGAAGGGAGGCGGACAGGCCACAAGAACAGUCCGGGCACACAGUGCUCACUUUAUCGGAUUCGACAGCAGUAAGAUUUAGAACAGAACAGGUCAAGUAGCCUUUGCGCAUAAUGUUAUGGAUUCCGUAAGAUU